AUGGCUACCCGUAAGAAGCUCCUAUUGAAGGUUAUCGUCCUUGGCGAUAGUGGUGUUGGAAAAACGAGUUUGAUGAACCAAUAUGUCAACAAGAAAUACAGUUCAAGCUACAAGGCGACGAUCGGUGCGGAUUAUCUUACAAAGGACGUUUUGGUGGAUGACCGAUUGGUGACCCUACAGCUUUGGGAUACGGCCGGACAAGAACGAUUCCAGUCGCUAGGCGUCGCAUUCUACCGAGGAGCUGAUUGCUGUGUUUUGGUCUACGAUGUGAAUAAUUCCAAGAGCUUCGAAACCCUGGAUAGCUGGCGAGAUGAAUUUCUCAUCCAGGCGAGCCCGCGAGAUCCUGAAAGCUUUCCCUUUGUCGUUUUAGGGAAUAAGAUCGACGUAGAAGAGAGCAAAAGAAUGAUAUCGUCGAAGCGGGCGACAACAUAUUGCCAGUCCAAGGGGAAUAUUCCAUACUUCGAAACCAGUGCUAAAGAGGCGAUUAACGUUGAGCAAGCGUUUGAAGAAAUCGCGAAGAGCGCUCUUGCACAGGAAGAAUCGGAAGAGUACGGCGGAGAUUUUGCCGAUCCCAUCAACAUCCACCUGGAUAACGACCGUGACAACUGUGCCUGUUAAUAUUCUCCGUUUUAUCGUGCCUUGUCCAAUACCCCCAAUAUUUGAUAGCCUUAGACUGUCAUUUAUGCAUGAAUCACCCACUGGAGGGUUAAUUAUUUUUCCAUAUUUUCCAUGGUCCUUCUGAGAUGUGUCAGUGGAGGGAGGACUCGUUUUUGUUCAGUGGAAAUGUUGGAUCAGGUUUCCUUUCCUUCUGUCUUUUGCGCAUUGCCAUUCGUCCUCUUCAUCAUGGUGUUCCUGGCGUCACCUCCGUAUUUUGUAUUGCUCCUAUACAGUUUCGCCAUACUUAAUCCUUAUUUCCCCCCCCUCAAGUCGUU